AGGCGGCAUGCCUCUCACGGCCACGGACCUCGCUACAAUGAGCCUUCCGGUUGGCUUUUUGGCGAGAAGCCUCCAGCGCCAGGACAGAAGCGUCAGAGAGAGAACUGGGAGAUGAUAUGGUACGUCGGGAUGUACGGGACCAUGGCGCUGGCAGCAGUGUUGCUGUACUACAAGCCCGACACGAGCAUGCGUACAUGGGCGUACAAUGAGGCCAAGGCUCGUAUGGAGGCUCGGGGCGAGAAGACAGACUAC